AUGCCAGGAAAAUCGGUUUUACUUUCAGUUGUGUCACUGGCGUUGGUGGCAAUGGGAUGGAGUGUGGAUACCACAGUAGCGUUUUCUCUUGUUCCAACAUGUACUGGACAAAGAACACCUCUCCCAGUGCUAUUCAUGGGUCUCUAUGAUACACCGCUUCCGCCACCACCCCCACCUCGAGAAGAAGAAGACAAAGAUGACUCGGAAGAAAAUGACGACGACAACGAUGACGAACCACUGGACGUCUCCCAACGACUCUUUUCCUGGGCCAUGGAUGGUACCGAAACACAAGACUUGUUGCCUCCACUGGGACGGCGGUUGGACAGUGGCGUAGGGUGCUACUUUGAAGAGACGGAUCGAAAGGUGCAAAAUUUGGCCGAAAACGCCAAUUGUCACGCCGAGGAUGCGGCAUGGGCAUUGGAAGCCUGCAAGGGUGACACCACCGAAGCAUGGACGCGAAUAUCCAUGGCCAAACGCAUGACAUUGGAGUCGAUUCCAUUGUCGACUGACACCGACAAUAAUGACGACGACAACUCGGAAUUUCUAAAACAAGUCAAAGCAGAUCUCUACGAUAUGAUGCUAGAGGAAGACUUUCAAGAAAUGAAAGAAAAACGAAUCAAAGCGGAAGAGAUUCGAGAGUAUAAGAAACGGUUCAUUCUGAGUGACAAAGAUGCACAAUGGCUACCCACGGACAAUCCAAAACCUGUUGACGAUGAACCAUGGUUUACAGGAUAG